AUGAUAACUAUGCUGAAUGGCUUGAAUUGGUUCUAUUUGUUGGGUGGUGAACGUUCCAAAGAGCACUUCAUUUUAAAUCAUUUGGAAAUGAGCGAAGCACCUUUCGAUAAAUUUAGUCAAGAGAAUCGUGAGACAGUUGACCGUUUCAUCGACCAUUAUUUGGGUUCAGACGGUAUAUUCGUGUUGCGUAUGAUUGCAUCGAAUGCCGAUGUUGUCUUCACCACCGAACUUAUCGCCUCGUUAUGGCGUUCGCAUUAUUCUUUUGAACAACGACGAAAAGGAAUGCUUCAAAUGGAGAAGAUUUGGCCGCCGCAUGAACAACGGCUAGAAUCGGCAUUGUUAGAAGAAGCAAUGUUGAUGCAGUCUCAAGACAUACCCGAUGUGAAAAUGCUUCGUAAACGAAGUUUCUUCGAAGAAUCGUCAUUCAGAAGCCCACAAGGAUCGUUGUAUAAACGAAUUCAACACGCCUUCAUUCCAUCGGACGGCUUGAAAGGAAGUGGUUUACCUUCCCCGAAAUAUAGGGACUACGGCGGAAGUCCACCGGAUUCGCUGAUGACCGGUAUGAAUAGUGCGCAUCGGAGUCGAACUAGCGUUGCGAGUAUGUCAAGUUUUAUGGGAGGUGCAUCGGGUAAACUUCGGAAAGGACGCAGUUUGGAGGACAUAGCAAUUGAUUCGGAUAAAGUGAAGAAGUUCGCUGAUAGCAGUGAUGAUACGGAAGAGGAAGAUAAGAAAUCCGAUAAGAAACGAAGUGUCACAUCGAGUCGUCGAAGCAGUAAAGUCCAUUUCUUUUUUUGA